AUGCUUUCACACCUGUCUCCACAUGAUGAUGACUUAAUUUCCGAGUCAAGUGAUCAUCAUGAUGGAUCAUCCAAUAAUAAUAAUAAUAGGAUGGAAAAGGUAGAGAUGGCAAUUAUUUCCGAUUUGAUUGAACAUUUCAAUCAGAGAAUUUUCAAUAGUACAAUAACAGAGAAGGAACAAUCGGAAGAACAAUCCCUUCUUAAAAACGAAUUGAUGAAAAUUGUACAAUCGGAAUCAUUUCCUGCUCUUACAAUGAAAUUCUUGAGUUUAAUUAAAAUAUUGAAUAGGCCAAGUCUAAAAAGAAUUGCUAUUGAAUUUAUUCCCAAGAUUUGUGGAAGCUCCGAGGAGGAAAAUUCCAAAAUUAUUGAAGUAUUGGAUGGAAUAUUCAAGAGUGAGAAUGCAUUGACAAGGAUUGUGAUUUCAACCUUGUACAAGUUGGAAAAUUUAAAAGAUUCACAACAGGAGAAGGUUUUAUUCAUUGCACAAAAUGCAUUGGAAUCGGUUGAGGAGGAGGAUUUGGAUGAUAUUGUCAAGAUCAUGUUGAAGAAUGUGACGAAAAAGAAUAGUAGUGAAAUUGUAAAGUACAUUCGAGAAAAAUUGGCCAAUGAUGACGUGGCCAUUGUUAGGAUUAGCUCUGAAUUAUUGGCAGACACAUUUUCAACGACGCCAUCUCUUGCUAAUUAUUUCCUAAAAUCUUUAAAAGCAGAACAAGAGGAAUUUUCUAAAUUUGAUGUUUUAAUUUUAAUGGUAUUACUAUCAACUAGGCACAGAGAUAGAAAUUCAACCUUUACAAUAUUUAAGAAUGCAUUUCAAAACAAACCACAAAGAAUGAUUAAUAUUUCAACAAUUUUGGAUACCUUGAGUGCUGUUGGAAGUCUUUUGGAUGAUUAUGAGAAGGGUGUACCAUGGGUUUAUAGUAUUUUCAUUCACUCGUUCAAGAGUUUCAAACCACUGAGAAGCAAAUUUUUAACAUCACUCUUGGCAUUGUUUCAGUACAAUGAUUCCAAGUCGAAUAUUGCUGCGGAAAUUUUGAUAGGUUUAUGUGAUUUUGAGCAGAAUGAAGAAGAGGAUGAGGAAUUUUCUGCCAGUCUGUGUAAACAAAUUGCCUUGAAUCAUUUAUCGAUAAUUAAGGAUUCUCUGGCACAUGCUGUUUCAUAUUCUAUAAGAUGUCAACAUUCACUUUGUUAUUCUUUGGCCAAGUGCUCAAUUCACGAUCCAAAAACAUUCGAGUACUUGAUGAUAUUUAUUAGAAAGCAAAUUUUCAGUGGACAAGAUAAGAAAUCCCAACUAGGCCUUAUUAUUUCAAUGCACCUAAUUCAUGAAACACACUACAUGAUCAGUUCAGACAUUGACAGAUUUGUUUUUUCACUAUUUAACACGAAAAAUUUUGACGAAAAUUCAAUUCAUAUUUUAGAUUUAUUUAUUUAUAAUUUUGAUAUUUUACUCAAUAUGGGGUUCGCUUCAAGAAUGAAAGCAAUCAUUGUACAGUUAUUGAAAAAUUUGGCAAUUAUUGACACGUUCCCAGAAAUUUCACAACAAAGUAAUUUUGAAUUCAGAAAAUUCUGCUCCAUCAAUACUCUUACACUUACCUCACUUCGAGCAUUAUCCAUGCUAGUCAAGUGCUACAUUCUCUGCCAUGAAAAUGAUCAGUAUCCUCUAAGCAUGGCACUAAUGCAAAUUGGAGCAAAAGGAAUUUCUAAAGAAGAAUUAAUGUGUAUAUAUUCUAUUGGUUAUGUUUUAUAUGAUCAUGUUAUUGAGAAGAAUGUUUUGAUAGAAAAUCUUGACAAGGAAGACCAAGAUUCUAUGGUUGACUAUACCGAGUAUUUGCUACAGUUGAGAAUUGAUAUUGUAACAUCUGAAUCCAUCAAUGAUACAUUACACGCUUUGGAUUUGGAUGCAUUUUUCAAAUUAUUCCCUCUCAGUGUGGAAAUCAUUUCACUCUUUAUCAGAAAAUACAAACACGAAUAUGACGAAGUAUCCAUGAAGAAGGAACGAGAGGCAUUCAAAUGCCUUUGGUCAGAUUUUGAUUUCAUGUUGAAGCAUUUACUAUUAUUCAAAUCGGAUGAGGAAGAAUCAGAGAGUCAUAAAUCAAAUGCUAAGGGAAAGGGCGUAUUUGCUCCAGAUUUCAAAAUUCUCUCACCCAAAAGAGUACUAUUAUUUGGUUCAUUGUUGGAGGGAAGAAAGUCACCGAGCUCCAUUUUCCAAUUCAUUUCUCUCACCAAGAAGGUCAUUGGUGCUCUGGUGAAAAAGAGUUUCAAAUAUACUACUCUCUUGGCAGAGAAGAAAUCAGAGAUGAAAGUGAAUCAAGACACUCAAAGUUUAGAAGGAAAAGACAAGGUUGACCAUUUGGUAAUAUGUCUAUCGUAUAUUUAUUGCUCACUUUCGAAUGUGUUUUUUGUGACAAGAAACAUUGAUGAGGAUGCAUUCGAAGAGUUGAUUUCUUCCUUUAAGAAGAAUGACACUUCCAUUCCAAUUAAUGUAAUUUAUCUUGUUCGAUUGAUUUUAAAACAAAUUGAGGAUGCUUCUUACUUUAUUCAUGCUUUCCAAUUGAAUCUUUUAUUGGUAUCCAUUUGCCAAGGAAAGGAACUGCAAAAGAUUAUUGGCUAUGUAGGUCUAGAAUUAUUGACACGAGUCUUUAGUUCUACAUCUCAAUCAUCUACAAUUGAAAAGAUAGCCAUGGAAGCUUAUGUUUUCAAAGAAUUACCAUUCCAUCACUUAUUACACCACAGAGAAAUUGCAAGAAAACGAAAAAAUCCAAACAUAUCCAAGUACCUUAACCAAGCAACUCUUCUGUUUGCUCUCACCUAUUUACCAGCAGAGGAAGGGAGAGAUUUGUGUGAUUUUUUCGUAUUGGCUCUUGAUGAUUUCCUUCAUGCAAUGAAAGAGGAGCAAGACGUUCACGUUCAACAUCAUCCCUUGAGUAUUCUGGAUGAGAAUAGUUUUCACUACUUUUUACAAAUAUUUACCAAGAUUUUUGAGAUGGCCAUUAUCAAUGCUCCUUGUGUGCCAGUCGAUAAUGGAGGAAAUAGAAACUUUAUCAGAAUUGAAGAUCCUUUGGAUAACAUGAGGAAAUGGAGAAGUAUUGGCUCAGUCAUGUUUAUCAGUGGCACCUAUUAUUCAAUCAAAAUUGGAUGA